AUGCGGGGCCCUACCAUGGAGAGCAUGACGUUACUAAAGCUCAUUAUACAGCACAGCUUGAAAACAAAACAAGGUGCUGGCAACAGUAACACAGAAGUUAAUCACAAACCUGCAUUCUUAUCAGAUGAGGAGCUACAACACUUAAUACAGAGGGCAGUUGAUGGCUUUCUGUUUGUUGUUGACUGUGAUCAAGGGAAAUUAUUGUUUGUUUCUGAAUCAGUAUACAAGAUCCUAAACUACAACCAGAAUGACCUGAUUGGCCAGAGCAUGUUUGAUUACCUCCAUCCUUAAGACAUUGCCAAAGUCAAGGAGCAGCUGUCCUUAGUGCUUACCGUAACACGAGAGAAAAUCAUCGAUGCAAAAAGUGGUCCUUUAGUGAAGACAGAUAUCAACCCAAGUUCUUUAAGACUUUGUUCUGGGAUGAGACGCUCAUUUUUCUGCAGGAUGAAGUGCAACGGAAAUAUCGAAGAUGAAGAUUUUCCAUCCAGCUGCUCAAAAAAAAACUCAGAUCAUAAGGGCUUCUGCACCAUUCACAGCACUGGUUACUUAAAAAGUUGGUCCCCUGCUGAGGUGGAUCUGGAUGAAAAUAAUGAGUCAGACAAUGAUGGAUGUAACGUAAGCUGUCUGGUGGCUGUUGGUCGGUUGCAUCCCCACACUGUUUCUCAGCAAGUGCAGAAUCACGUCAAGGUCAAGCCCACGGAGUUUGUUUCACGUCAUGCUAUUGACGGGAAGUUUCUCUUUGUAGAUCAAAGGGCCACUGCCAUAUUGACUUAUUUACCUCAAGAGCUGCUGGGAACUUUAUUUUAUGAAUACGUUCAUGAAGAUGAUAUUGCUCAUUUAGCAGAAUGUCACAGGCAAGUGUUGCAGAUGAGAGAGAAGAUCAAUACAAACUGCUACAAGUUAAAAAUAAAAGAUGGCUCAUUCAUCACACUAAGAAGCUGCUGGUUCAGUUUUAUGAACCCUUGGACCAAAGAGGUGGAGUACAUUGUCUCUAACAAUACUGUAGCCACGUGAAGGGAGGCUGGAUCUCCAAACAGUGCAUAGUAUUCGUGGUGCAAAGGAAUUGUUGGAAAUGCAGAGUUUGUUCGAGGAGGCCGUGUCAUCUGUGGUGUCUGUGGAUCUGGAGAACCUGGUGGGGGGAGGGUGAAGAAUAUGGCCAGGGAGAAGGAGAGAGGCAACCAAGCACAAGACUACUCAACAAAACAAGGUCAGGUCAGGCUGAAGAGGAUGUUUUUGAAGCACUGGAGCCUUCACAAGAGGUUUAUCCUGAGGGCUCUGGGCCUCAGUCUUCAGGACAAGCUAAAGGAGGUCAAGACUUGAAACUGGUGUGAUUACAGAUUAUGCGGCCUGCAUGUCUGCCAUACCUGGUAGGCCCUUAUCAUAGGUUACCUGCAGCAGAGGAGGAGGAAGCCCAAGAGCAAAGGACAUGGCUCAGAGAUGGAAGGAAGUGUUUUCAUUGGAACAGCAGGUCUGAGCACUGACUUCCUUCACCACCUGAUCCAACUCAGCACCAUGUGGUGAUGAGCUGACAGCUCUGCUCCUAUCUUCAGCCAAGCGUCCAAGACUUAGGGUAUUAUAUCGGACAAUAUGACUACAAAGUCAAUUAUCAAUCAUUGAAAGGUGUUCUGGUACCAGGUACAUCAGAAAAUGCAGAGACAGCUACAAGACAUUGUGAUAUUUUGAACAAAGAAAUGUUUCUCUGCCAUAACGAGGAGGUAAAGAAGGAACAAAAAAGAUAAGUAACCCUUGGGGCAGAUAAAAACUCAAAAAGAGGAAUGCUAAAAGAUCUUUCUUCACAUGAGGUUCUCCUUUAAGUUGUCCCGUGCAAUCAUUUAGCAUUUUGUUAUGAUAAGCCUAAGGCAAGCACAUAAAACUCUGGUUGAUUCUUGCAUUACUGCAUUUUUUUUUAGUAUUGAAUCCAUUUUUGGUUUUUGCUCCUGCUUUAACUGGAUAAAGCAUAUUAUCUGUAAUUAAAGCAAAAGCCAAGUUGUAUUAAUUUUUUUUAAUUCCUUGGUUUUCAUCCAAGCAUAGUCUGCGCCAGGUCCAUAGAUAAAAGCUCUUUUUAGUUUGCUUCUAGACUCUGGAAAUUAAUAUCCCCUUGGUGGCAAAUGCAUACUGGCAGCACAAGUAUCUGCAUCUCUGUAAAUCUUGCUUUUAUUCAUUGUGCAAAGGAAAUGAUGAAAGAUUGUGAUCCAUUCUGGGUAAGCUGUCCCUCUUAAGUGUACACUGUUCACUCACUUCCUUUCUUAUUCAUCACAUCAUGUUUUACAAUCAAGGAUCAAAUAUACAAAAAUGUUAUUUUGAUAUCUUUAUUUGAUGAUUUUACGUUUUUAUUUUUAAACAACAAUUUCAAGCUUUGCACAAAAAGAUUCUGACCACAACAGCCUGUGCUCUGCUUAAUAUCUUGGCUGCGGGGAGGAGCAAAACAUCACAUAUCAAAUCCAGCCAAUGACUACAUACCCAAUUACAAGAUAUUUUUU